AGCCGCUCGUACUGCGGUUAGGAGAGGAGAGUUCUUGUAACUUUUUUUUGUUUUUCUCUAGAUAUAUUAUUAACAAUUCGCCAAUGAGUUGCUCAUGAUAAUAAUGGACCUGCGGUUUAUAAGUGUAUCAGUGGCUUUUGGUUGUUUGUGAUCGGCGCGACGAUAAAAACGUUCAAACUGGCGACCGACAGCGGCAGUGGCAAGUCAAACAUGGCUUCUUCGGCCAGAAUUAUCCAAAGUAAUUCGGCCUGGUUUCAGAAGAAGAUAAAUUUGAGGCCCCAACACCGGGGCGUACAUUUGGUGACCGAGGAGAUUUUGAGGCAGAUUCCCGAGCUAUCGCAGUUCGCGAUAGGGCUCUGUCACGUCCAAAUUCUUCAUACUAGUGCAAGUUUGGCGCUAAAUGAAAGUUGGGAUCCGGAUGUUAGAGAUGAUAUGGAGAUGAUGUUAAACAAAAUUGUUCCAGAAGGUUUACCUUAUAGACACUCUUGUGAAGGACCUGAUGAUAUGCCCGCCCACGUGAAGGCCUGCUUCCUGGGCUCCUCCCUCACCAUCCCCAUCACCGAGGGCAAGCUGAACCUGGGCACGUGGCAGGGCGUGUGGCUCUGCGAGCACCGGGACCACGCGGGCUCGCGCAAGCUCCUCUGCACGCUCAACGGGUGCCUGCGCGACGCCAACUGCACGCCCCUCAGCCCCGUCAGCCCGAUGGCCAGCACCAGCAGCUAGGGAAAGCACUCGGGGCACUCUCUGUCCAAGCACUGAGAGCGGUCCCCGAGUCUAAACAACGAGGUAGUACCGGUAACGCGGAGAAGGUGGAUCGGGCUAGGCCACACAUGGACUAAAACAAAAUUUAACUUAACGACAAUAUGUACAUAGGUGUACAUUGUAUAAAGAUGGGGAGGAUUAUUCGUUAGUUUCGGGUUUAUUUAGGGGGUUUAUAUGAUUAGGUAGUGUGUAAAAAAAUGGUAUCGGACGGUAUUGAGUUCGUUGACUUUUUUAGGGAUCAUUUUGUUUCGAUAUCCGUUCUAACAUGAAAAGAAUAUUUUUACGAUAUUUUAUAAUACAUUCCAUGAGUUUGUUUCUUGUUAUUAAUUAAUACCUUAGGAUCGAAAACUUGUCAAAAAUUUACACUAAUUGAAGACCAUAAGUAAGAAACAGACUAACAUAAAUAUAAAUGAAAAUUGUGUUUUUAUCUUAAAAAAUGUGAUUUCCUGUUUACCUUAUAAAGGUAAAAUAUUCCUACUCACCUUUAUAAGGUAAACAGCAAAAACUCCUAGGUCUUGUAAAUAAACAAAUUUGGUGUUACCAGUUUCUCAAGACUGAGUUGUUUCUAAUUAAAUAAAUAUAUACCGUGUGGUGCAUCGGAACACCGAACAUAGGAAAUUCCAUGUAAAUUUUGUAAAGCUGCAAAUUGUAUUGACUUUUUGAAGAGGUGUUAAAAGUUUUACUUUUGUCUAGAAUUUCGUUUCAUUUGAAAUAGUCAUUUAAAAGUUAUUUGCAAAAAUCUACCUUCAAAUUAGUAAAAUUUAUAAUGCGGCCUAGAGGGGUCCGGUGAACUAUCCUGACACACGAUUUUUGCAUUUUCCUUUUUUUUAUCAAAAAGUAACCAUUUUUAGUAGUAGUUUUAAAUUAAAAAAAAUGGAGAUUAUGCACAAAAUUUUAAAAUAUUUUAGUUUAAUUUUAGUAGUUUUUGACACAUAUUUGACGUUAUGGAGAAUUUUAACACUUGAUUUGACAUGACAGCGACAGAGGGAAAAGCAAUGUUGCCAGUUUCAUUGAAAUUUCUUUUUCUAUUUUUUAUUUUUAUUUU